UGUGUCUGUGUUUAAGUAAAACCAGGUGUGGGGGGGAAUUUUACUGGAAAGUAGGGAGGGAUUGGCAGAAAGUCAGGAAUUUGGAGAAAGGAGAGACAGAGAGAGAUAGAAGUAGGGAGAGUAGAGACACUGAAAGAGCAAGUGGGACGUGGUUCAAGGAUCAGAGAGGACAGAAAGUGUAUGAGACUGGAAAAGCGGGACAAGGAGAAAGAAACUGUCCCUGGCACAGUGCAGGAGAAGGAGGGGAAAGCCAUAUGAAAAGGAAGUGAACAAGGGAGACAUUUCAAACAGGAGAGAACAUAGAAGAAGUGGGGAGAGUGCGAUUAGACAGGGUAGAGGGAGAAAAUUUAGGAGGAAUUGGAGCAACUUGAAGGACAACUGCGAACAGAAAAAUAAUCAGCUGACGGACAAACAAGAACUAUGCGGUUAUCCUGCUACCUGGUAAUCUGUGUCCUACUGGUUCCCAGUUUACAACAAGAGAAUGAGGAACCCAACACCUUCACGGAAUGCACAGAUGGCUAUGAGUGGGAUUCAGAGAGACAGCAUUGUAAAGAUAUCAACGAAUGUGUGACAAUCCCUGAUGCCUGCAAGGGUGAAAUGAAGUGCAUCAAUCAUUAUGGAGGUUAUCUAUGCCUACCUCGUUCGGCCUCUGUAAUUAGUGAUUCCCAGCCUGAUCCUGGACCCGUUGGAAGCCCUCAUGGUGGUGCUGGAACUGAUCAAAGAAAUAACCCAUGUCCAAAUGGGUACCAGCCCGACUCACAAGGACUGGGCACUUGUGUAGAUGUAGAUGAAUGUACCCAUGAAAUAGAUGACUGUCUGCCCAGUCAGGAAUGUGUGAACAUACCAGGUGGCUUCCAUUGUAAGUGUCCAGAUGGCUACAGGAAGAUUGGAAAUGAGUGUGUAGACAUUGAUGAGUGCAGAUACAGAUACUGUCAGCAUCGUUGUGUUAAUUCUCCUGGAUCUUUUACCUGUCAGUGCGAGCCGGGAUUUCAACUAGCAUCUAAUAACCGUUCAUGUGUAGAUGUCAAUGAAUGCUCAAUGGGCGCUCCAUGUCAACAGCGCUGCUAUAACACCUAUGGCACCUUUCUCUGUCGUUGUAAUCAGGGUUACGAGCUGGAUCAUGAUGGCUAUACCUGCAAUGAUAUUGAUGAGUGCAGUUACUCCAGUUACCUGUGCCAGCAUCAGUGUGUGAAUGAACCUGGACGUUUUUCCUGCAUUUGCCCUGAGGGAUACAGUUUACUAGGCACCCGCAUCUGCCAAGAUAUCAAUGAGUGUGAGACCGGAGCCAAUAGCUGCACUGAGCAACAGACCUGCGUCAACUUCAAUGGUGGUUUCCGUUGUGUGGAAAAGAACCUCUGUGUAGAACCAUAUAUUCAAGUGGCUGACAACAGAUGUAUGUGCCCAAGCGCAAACCCCCUGUGCCGUGAUGAACCUGGUUCUGUGGUAAAUAGGUACAUGAGCAUCACAUCAGACCGCAGUGUGCCCUCGGAUAUAUUUCAGAUUCAAGCCACCAGUGUCUACCCUCGGGCUUACAACACCUUCCAAAUACGAUCAGGAAAUGAGCAGGGGGAUUUCUACAUCAGGCAAAUAAACAAUAUCAGCGCAAUGCUUGUACUAGCACGUCCUAUUACCGGCCCCCAGGAGUAUGUUCUGGAUCUGGAAAUGCUGACCACCAACUCCCUGCUGAGUUAUCGCUCCAGCUCUGUACUCAGACUCACCAUAUUCGUAGGGGCGUAUCCCUUCUAGAACAAUAGCCACUGCAUUGUCUAUUGGGCUAUAAAACGUUCUCUUGGUUAAAUAUAUUUGUUCACUGAUAUUUUAUUUUUUUAAUUAAAAACAGAUUUUUGUUUUGGAAAAGGAUGUCUUUCAGUGCAAAGCAAUGGAAGAGAUUGGCACUGUAAAAGGUGGAACAGGUGCUUGCCAUUGGGGUCUUGUGUUGAACUAAAUAAGCUGACAUAAUAUGCAGAAUUAAGCUUCGAAGGCUCUGACUUCAGCAUAAUUAUGUAACAGCACAGUAUCAGCUAUAAACUUGGGCUUUGUAGGGUUUGCGCUAAAAGUAAUCUUCUAAAUAUAUUACAUAUCAGGGACAACCAGAUUGUGAUGGGUUUGUAUCUGUUAUAGGGGGGAAAGCCUUACAGGACUCCAAGUUGUUG